UACAGACGAGUGUCCGUGUCGAGUUUUGCAAUCGCUUCGUUUGAUAAUCAAUCAGUCACCUUGUUUUUUUCUCUCCAAAAUGGACCGGAAGUAGUUCGUGCAAUUUUUGAAUUUCAUAAUCUAAAACAUUAUUAUUAUUUAAUUAAUAAUUAGGAAAAAUUCGUUUAGAUUUUUCAAAAGUGUUCGUAUCCGUUUAAAUUGUGCGCCGGUUAUUUGCGUGACGCAAUUGAGUCGAUGAAUCGAAUUUACCCUACUUUCAGUAAUAGUGAUAAGACUAAGAGAAACGUCUGUCUUGUGGCCUUUUGUUCGUUAUCGUCAUCUUGAUCUUGCUGGGAAUUUUGCUAAAUUGAAUUGAAUAAUAUAGUGUAGUGUGGUGUUAAUGCGAGCUGUUUAGUCUACUCAUCGUUGUGUUCCUUCCUAGAGGAUUCUCAAUUCUGGGCAUUUAUUCCGACAGUUCUACGAGUUCUUUUUGUAUAAUCCAGAGCAACAAAUCGUUUCCAACAUGGUUGAUGAUUGUAAUACUAUGAAAUACGGCGAAUGCAAAGAUGGCCACCUGCACGCGAUCCGCAGUCAAUUUCUGAUUAAUUUGCUAAAUUCGCCGCACGAACCGAUGAGUUACAUGUUCCAUCGCGAGUUCUCAAACAAAGAUCGAGUUUUCGUAGCGGACGUGUUGAAAAUCGCGCUCUUCGAAUGCCCAAAUAAUUUCGUCUACAUGAAUUCUCCAUUCGUAUCGUCUCAAUCGAGUAUAACAGACGAUAACGACUCAUGCAGAGGUACGAUCAACUACAUCGAUGAGAAUCUCAUCACCGCGAUGAAAGCCAAACACGAAGAAAUUCUCAACAAUUUCAAAACCGAGACUGAUAAAAUAAUCGAAAGCUUUAGUCAGAAAUUCAUCGAUUUACACUCGGAAAUGGACAAAGUGAUAGAAAAAGUCAACUCGUGCAAAGAAGAAGUGGCUCGUAUGAAGGAGGAAGUACAAAAACAAGCCAGUACAGUUCAGACGAUCAAAAAAGAGGAAUCGGACAUCGAAGAAAACGACAUUUACGGUAGUUCGGAAACUUUAAACGCCGAAAUCCGAGCCAUCAAACGAGAUAAAAGGAAAUCGUUCAUCGAUUACUUGAAAUCGGCCAAAGGUCUCACCCAACCUAUUAUUUUCCCAGUAGUGUUGAAUGGGUGCUCGGUUAUGGCAGCUCAUGAUCCUCGUGUACCCCAUUCGAUCGUAUCGAUAGAUUUGUUAAGACCCGAAGACCGAUGGGAAGAGGUACCCGAACAUGUUUUCAUGAUACCUUGGAGAAGAAGGAAACUCCAAAGCUGUGACGAAUGUGGCUUCACGACGGUUAAAAUCAAUGGUCAUUCGUUAUCCUUCGAGAUCUUCGUCAGCUCGUACUGGACCCGGAAGGUGUUACUGGGGGCUAAUUUCAGCCAACAGUUUGUGGAUUCUGUGGACGAAGGUAGGAUGAAAAUUCGUCUCUUCGAUGAUAACAACGGCCCGUUCAAUAUUGGUUUCGAGUGGUUCGAAUCGGCCAGAGGUUAUGAAGCAUGAGAGUGAGACAGAUGUUGACUGUUGAGUCUGAGUAAUUUAUAGUUCAUAUUUAAUAAGAUCGAAAUUAUCUAGUUGUUUUUUGUUCAUGUUUUUCUUUUUUUUUACAGAGUGAGGAGUCGAAAUUAAUUUUAGUUUUAAAAUAACUUAUUGCGUGG